UAGCUGAUUGAACAUCUCAAUAUUUUUUUAUUUUAUUUUUUUUGCUUAUUAAUGAUAAUAAAUGUUAACAACUGUGUAUUAAUAAAAAAAAACAUUCAAAACAUUAGAAACCAAAGGUUGCUUUGACCCAAUCAUUUCUUUUAAUAAAUGCAUAAAUUAUAUUUUUUAAAUACAUGAGUUCAAAUGGCUUUGUUUGUUUCUUUGAAUGUUUUCUCCUUUUAAAUGUAUAAAUAAAGUCAUUUUGAAUUAGCUGCAUUGCUAGAAUAAGGCUUUUCUUCCCCCUUACACAAAGUGUUUGUAUUUUUUAACAAUUAUAUUUUCUACAAUUCUCCUUGGAAAAUGUUAAACUAACUUUAUGAAUCUAUCAAACACAGCAGCACUCCUCCUCAGACAUUCAUCUCUCACAUGAAAGGUCAGCAGCUCCUGCCUGGAGUUUCACGAGUGGACAAAAAUGUUGCGUUCAGGGCCGCGGGGUUUCACGGAACCAAGGCAAAAUAUUUCAGUGGUGAAAAAACCCACACAGCUCCCUGGAUUCUGUCUUUGUGAGGAGGCGUUCGAGAGGAGGACGGUGACUCCGCAAAUUAUCCGAUUUGCUUUCUGUUGUCUUUUAGCUUGAUGUUGUGCAAUCACACAGACGGGAUGCCUCGUGGAGACUUCAACAUUUAUUUCACCAGUGGUCGAAGAGGAAACGUCAGAGCUGAGGAGGCUGUAGGCAUUGCUCUGCUCGUGGUCCUCCUUGCAGGCCUCCUCAUCCUCGGCUGCUGGUACUUCAAGAAAAGAAGUGGCUAUAAAAUCAUCCGGACCCCCAGAUCAGGUUCUCCAGGUUACUCAGGAGGUCACUACUCAGAGGGAGGACCCUCAGCUGAUAACAAGAUGGCUCUCACAGAUUUUGGUAGCUUUCGACCUGUGGUUCCUAAUGCUCCUCCGGCCUAUGAAAAGAUUUCUUCAGCCCCACUGCCUCCACCCUACUCUCCCUGAACAAGGAGUACGGCCUGUCACCAACACAGAAAGGGGAAAUGCUGAAAAACAAACUCUGAACUUGAUUUGGGAUUCAGUAGAUCGUUUUUGAGAUGCUUCCUGAUGCUUGUUAGCUACACUCAAUAAUACAUCUAUGACCUCUUCUUCACAUCCUUUAUAUCUUCUUUUGUUCUUUAACAAACAAUAAAAUGCUGUGUAAGAGUUGAAUCUGCACAACCACA